GAAUCAAGCAGUUUCGAUGUUUGCGUUACACCUAGUGUCCCGAAGGGAGUGUUUUGUCGGAUAUGUGCUUAGGAAUUACCACUCGCAAAAAAGGAUUAGUGACUACCUUACAAAUGGCUACUUUUCGGAAAUUCUUCCAAAUAAGAGAUUUCAAGUGAAAAAUACUUGUUAGACCUUGAAACGACAGGAAACUUCUCUGUUUAUUCUGGAUUCGAUCCUACAUGUGACAGCCUACAGUUAGGAAACCUUGUGGCUGUUUGUGGUUUGCUUCGUUGUCAUUUAUCUGGCAAAGAUAUAGUUGCAGUUGUUGGUGGAUCUACUAGUAUCCUGGGUGAUCCUACUGGCAGAACUAAAAAACGUGAAUACCAAUCCUUGGAACAUCUGAAUCAGAUAAUCCAUAAUUACUGGACACAAAUUGUCCCAGCUUUAUCGAUUUCUGGAAAGCUAGGUUCAGUUAAUGUCGUUAACAAUUCCGAUUGGCUGACUCACAAAAAUGUGGUGGACGUUUCGUGCGAAGUUUUGUCGCACUUCAAGUUGUCUGAAUUAUUGGAAAAAGAAAGCGUUAAAAUAAGAAUGGAAAGUGGAAAUACUAUGGAUCUUGGGGAAUUUUUUUAUCCAAUCGUACAAGCAAUAGACUUCCUAUACUUACAUGAAAGGUUUAAUUGUUAUGUGCAGGUUGGUGGGCAUGAUCAGAUCGGCAACAUAACUUGUGGAUUGAACCUCAUCUAUCGCAAACUUGGUCGGCGUGCUUUUGGCUUAACUGUUCCUCUGCUGACUACCCCAGAUGGUCAGAAAUUAGGAAAAUCUGUUCCCAACUCAGAGUGUGGAAUGGAUACUAUAUGGUUAAUGAGUGAAAAAUUGAAACCUUACAAUUUCUACCAAAAGAUUUUAAAUUUGCCUGAUAGUAUUAUAUCCGAUAAACUGGUUCGUCAGUUGACCUUCUUUGGACCUGAGGAAAUAGAUCAAUUGUUAACUAACCAUAAAAAGCAUCCUAAUCGUCGUAUAGUUCAAAAGGCUCUGGCAAGAGAACUCACUUUACUAGUUCAUGGAGUCUAUGCUUUACAAGCUUCAGAACUUGCAACUCGAAUAUUUUUUCCUAUGAGUUCUGUAAAUUGCCCGAAUGAUAGCCUGCCAGUUGAUAAAACCAGUCUGGAAAUAAUUCAAAAUGAACUGAGUAGUUCAGAACGUAACUAUCUCCUUUCCUGCUUGAAACCAUCUGCACAAUUUCUGCCAGUUAUUUAUCCCAAAGAUUUCACUGAUUCUUUGAAAAGAUCUGGAAAUGAUUAUAGUCAACUUUUAGAAAGUGUUUUAGACCUAAUUAUGCUGACCUCAAACUUUAAAGAUCGAUCUGAAGCUUUACAAACAUGUUUCAUGAGAGGUGUUGUACUAAAUAAUGUUAACCUUUUAAAGAAGGGCAAUAAAUUUGAAAUGUCACCCGAAAAUAUACAAGCAGCAUUUAGCAGAUUUGAUCAAAGCACUGGUUUAGGUAUCCUACGACUAGGUAAGUUAGCCUUUUGUAUAUGUGUAUAAAUUAUUCUAUUUCCCUACUAAGUUAAUCUGUCUCACUGUUAUCUUUUGUUUACUUUAAGGGGCUUUGGCUUUGAUAUUUAUGCCCUCAACAUGCAAUCAACAAAGUUAGAUAACCGCAUAAGGUGUUCAGUCUGCAUAUAAUAUACUCGUUAUUUUGUAUUACAUGAACAUGUAACUGAUAUACUAUUUUAUUGUUUUGUUGCCCAUAUUUUAUUCAUCGAAUUUCGCACCGGAAGUGUCCUUCCAUCACAGACUUUUAGAAAUAUCAAAUAAAGAGAAUAAAUGAGUGUGUACAAGUAUAAUAGAUUCCGAGUACUGUUAUUUUAAGCUACGAGCUGCGGACUCCUGGAAUCUUGUAUAUAUUAACUUAAACACCUGCAAUUCAUCUCAUUUAGAUAAACAGUGAAUUAUUUCAACGAUCGUGUCGCCUUUUGGUUUAAUCAACUUUCAGUUCAAAUGAGAAUCGUCUAUGGUACUAUUUAAUUACUGAACUUUUAUAGCUUUCAUUAAUUAAAUUUCAAGCUGAAUACAUCUUCCUUCAAUAAUAUCUGGGUACUAACAUAACUGUUGAUUACUUUUUAAUUAAAUCACACAAGCGACUACACAUAUUGAGAUAGUUGUCUCAUUUCGCACAGUUACCCAACACAUCGCCACAUUCUGUACUUGACCGUUAAAAGGAAAGCUAGCCUGUUAAUGACAUUAUUGACAGGAUACACUAAUACAUGAUAAUCAAAUAUUUUAAAUCUAUGCAGAGUUUCUAUCAGCGACCAUUUUCUUCAACUGUUUGCUACAUAUAGUAGCUACUUAAGAAUAAGUGCAAAGGGUCGGUUUAUAUGUACUAUGUUUAGAAUAUCUGGCUCACGAUUUAAUAUUCAGUUUAGGCUUUAUCUGCCGAUCAGUUAAAAGUCAAGUUGAAUAGUUCCGUAACUGUGUACUUUUCAUUCCUUGUUUGAUUGUCGUUUCAUUUUGUUAUUUGUAGGUAAAAAUGAACAUUGGUUUGUCGCAACUAAAUCGAAUUUCACUCAAUAGACUCUUUCUAAAAUGUAUAGUUGUAAUGUAACAUGUGUGUAUUGUAAAUGUGUAAAAAAUGUUCAUUGUUAUUUCUGGCAAGUUAUAAGUUUCGUUUACCUCUGCUUGUGAUGAUUACAAUUUCUUAAAAAUGAACUUAGUGUGCAUAUGGCUGUAAAUGAAUUAAUUUUAUCAAGAAAGAUUCGAGAAAUUCCGUACUUCGUUGAGUAUGUCCUAACGUGAUACAUAAAAUUUCCUGAAGUCAGUCAGUCAGUAACAACGUAGAACUUCGUACAUACGUACGUACGUACAUUAGUUCGAGUCGCCAUACCACAUUAGCACAGAGAUGCAGUUGUCGAUUCAAACCUCGUAGUGGUAGAGGUAGUAAUAGUAUAAGCAGUAAUCGGAAAGAUUAGGGCUUGAAGAUGUUAUUCAAGGGGUAUAAUCCAGUGAAAUAAAUUUGGGAAGAGAAAAAAAGAAGGAUCAUGAAGAAUUCGAAAGAUUACAAUUUGAGAGAACACAAAGAUUGGAUGCACCUGAGCUAUUGCAAACGAUUUUGAGCCAUAUCAUUCAAGGUCUCUGACCAUCGGUUGCUAUCAUCUCGCGGUCCCCAACCAGGUAGUCUACACCCACCAACAUGACUCAGUCCACUUGUCAGUGACUUCAUGGACUUGUGACAUAUUUUGGUCUGGCCGCCCCUAACUUUCUUCCAACCUACUUUUAUACCAUUGAACAUCGCACGUCGAGGCAGUUGGUGGUUGGGCAUACGUAACACAUGUCCCAGCCAUCUCAACUGAUGAAGUUUCACCACUUUGUCAAUCGAUUUGCCAUCCUUACCUAGUACCCGUUUCCUAACAACUGCGUUACUUACUCGAUGGUCCCAGGAUAUACGAGCAAUGCUUCGAAGACAUCUAUGAUCGAAUAUUAGUAACCUACGAAUAUCCUCUACUCUUACCGGUCAUGUUUCACUGAUUCUGCCUAAAGUUUAACUUCAUAUGGUGUCGUAAGCACGUUAUAGAUGAUUAUUAGUUGGUCGAAAUCCAAGUUUGAUUUGCACUGCCAAAAAAAUCAUUGUAUUCUAAGGAAUUAGCUAAUAAAGAAGUUUUAUAGGUAUAGUACUUCUCUACAUGCUUUGAAAAUAUAUAACAUCCCCCAUCUAUCUUUUGCCAUGCUAAAUCAGUGUUUGUUCUACAUAUAAUUGUUAUUUUAUAGCAAAAAAGGAAUUUCAAUUCAUUACUUUGGGUCUAUGUCAAACUUUAUGAGACAUGUAUAUAUCUUAAGGGUAACAAUAGAAAUUCAGUGUCCUUUCAGAAUUAAUGACCAACAUUUGCUGAAACUGGAUGGACCUACCAUUAAACUUCGUUCCAUAUCAUUAUUAAUAGCAUCAAGAUUUUUGUUCAAAGUACCAGUUUCGAAAAAAGUAAGAUGUAUACCGAAAGCGGUAGUAUUUACAAUGAAAAAUAUUCAGUAGACUGCGAUUUGAUAGGAUCUAUGAUCUGGUUAGCACAUUUUACACUGAGAUCCAUAAACUUACGCGUUUGGGUUGAAAUUCGACAUUAUAGCCGUCUUCGUUAGAAGGAACGAGUAAAGGUUAAGUUAUCAAGAGGUGAUUAAGGGCGCAAGUGAUGCGGUUGUUAUGGUGAAUACACAGCGGCUUACUGAUCUCAAAGAUAUAUAUUUUCGUCCGUAAGUGUAUUAAAUUUUGUAAGUCUUUUAUUGGGAAAGGUAGUGAGGAAAGAUCUAGCAGAUAUAUCAUUUACACCUUAUCCUACGUGUUUUUCAUGGAUUCAGUUUACAGUAAAGUAUUCAUAAUAUACAUUCUUAAAGAAAACAAUGUAAGUUUUGGAUAAAUUUAAGGCCUGAAAUUCGAUGCGUUUAUAACUUGGAUGCUUGUGUACUGCCGCGAUACACUUAACAGGCACCAUGUAGUUUAAAUACACCUAUUUCGAUCAAAUAUUUUGCUGGGACUCAUGGCUGUACAGAUUUAUUAUAUUUUCUGAGUAAGAAACGUUUUUUACUCAAAAUCCCCUAUCACCCAAACUUUCUCCUAUCAAAGUUAUGAUUUCCCUAUGUAGAUUUAGUAGGGAUCAUUCUCUUCCCUUCCACUAAACUGAUACAGCACGCUGUAACAACUAAAUGAUAAGGAAAUAUUCGUGGCUCAGGAUAAAGACAUUGAGGGUGUUGUGUUCUCUUGGCUGGAUGAUUUACUUGUGAACCUUUCGUUGUAUUUAUAUACUGCAUAUGAUGAAAACAGCUCAUUGAGUUUUUUAAACUGGGUUGCAAACCAGUUUACUAUGAGGAAUAGUGAUGUGUGGGCGAGAAUGAUUGGCUGUCUGCUUAGUCAGAUAUAUAGAUAGUUUGACAGGUGUCAGGUGAGUUAUAUAUAUUCCCCUAUCCCUAUAAUUAUUGUUAUUAAUUAUUCAUUGUUUUUGGAUUGUGUCGGGUUUGGUGUGGAAAUAUAUUUACGUUGUGAUCAGGUUAAUCACAUGUUCUUGAUGUGAGUUGUGUUGAAGUCCUGUAAAAUAAACACUGAAAGGGGAUCUAGUGUAGAUAUUCGUUCAAGGUAAAUUAAUGUCCCAUACAUGUAAACGUGGAAAACCAACCGUUAUAAUGAAUAGUCAAUAAAGCGUAUUUCACAGGGAAUUGACGUAGUAUGAAUUCCUAUGUUACAUUAAAUAACAAGCAUUCUAUUAAGGAAAUCCGUGAACUGUCAGCGUGGGGGCUUGCUAAGUAUGCAGUUCUACACUACGAUCUGAUUUUGGUUAGAUAGUUAUUGAAAACUGGAACAUUGGACAUCCGUUUCGUGCCACUGUGACGACCCUCAGCAGUGUUCAUUCACUACCAUAUCAAAAAUAAAAAUCACGACCUUCCGGUUUAACGAUAAGCACGAUCUAGUGGUUUACAUUCCUAACUAAAGGCAAUCAACAAAAUUGGCGACCAUUAUCCAAUGCCUUGAGUUUCACGUCCGACUUGAUUGGACCUCACUAGCUGCUGCUUGUCUAAAACUCUGGGUAUCACUUCUCACAUGUAAUCGCUGAUAAAAACUGGAUAAUUGUUAGUUAAUGGGGUUGGCUGAAGUUAUGAAUCUUAACAAUGGGAUACCAACUCGGUAGUUUGAAGGUCAAGUGUUUGAUUCUAGACACGAAGGUUCCAAGUUUAUUGCCAAGUGUGAUCUCGGAUAGCAUUAUUGAGUAGUCCAGUCCUAAGCAGUAAAAGCUGUCUAGUGCUUCCUGGUUUCCAAAGACAGUUUAACUAAAGACGGUCCAUAAAUGUAUGUACGAAUUGCAUUAUGUUUUCACGGUUGGAAAUUAAAUAUAUAAUCCAUUGCAAUUUAUGGGUGUUAAGCGACUUAGUAACUACAUACACUUGACGCGAUCAGUGAUAAUAAAAUGACAGUAGAAAUAGCGAGAAGCAGUUAUGUUCAAUUAGCCAUUUUAAAUGUUAAUAAUCACUAAUCGUGGAUUUUACAGCUGUCAUUAAACCAAUAAGUAAACAUCCAAUUAAAACUACGGAAAUCACUCUCAACUAAGCAAAGAUGGAUAAUGGCUAGCAGUGGAGUCCAGGACGCGCGUUUCGUUCUAUUUGGGACUUGUCCUGGAUUCCACUGCCAGCUACUAUCCAUCUUUGCUUGAAAAGCUUGUAACUUAAGGCUAUAUCGAGGUGAUACGCACAUAUGUCAAAAAGAGAUUGAUCAAUUGCAUUCCUAAAUAACAAUGAGAAGAUACAAGUAAAACAACAAGUGAAUUUUCACUCUCAGUUAGAUAACUUUUAAUGAUACAAAUACUAUAGUAUAUUUGGACAUUGUUGAAAUUAUAUUUUAUAACAGCAAAAAUAACCUCUUAGAUGAGGUCUUAUCAAUUACCUAAAGAAUAUAGAAAUAAUGAUAUAAAAAAUCGUAAGUUAUAGAUACACUCCAUUGUUGUCAUGAUUUUUAAUAUUAGACGUCCAAGUUCAUCAGAAGUGCAGUACUUCGUUUAGUCCAAUGUUCAGG